AAUGCAAUAUCAGUUACAGCACUGGCAAACAGUUUCAACUGCACAAGUGAACUGCAGCACCUUCGACAAAUAAAAAAAUGGCUCAGCCAAUUGAGAGCGAUGUUUUCAUGGCCUUCUGCACUUAUGCCACUAUUGCUAUUCUCAAGAUGAUGUUAAUGGCUCCUCUGACUGCAUACUUCCGAGUCACCAGAAAGGCAUUUGCAAACCCCGAGGACACUAACUUAGGCAAAACUCCAGAGGAGAAGAAAAAGAUGCAUCGUGUUGAUGAAGAUGUGGAACGCGUGCGAAGAUGCCAUCUGAAUCACUUGGAGAACAUUGUUCCUUUCGUCAUGGUUGGUUUGCUUUACGCUCUAACGGGGCCCAACCUCUCCAGCGCUCUGAUGCAUUUUCGCAUAUUUGUAGCUUCACGUCUGGUGUACACAGUGGCAUAUAUAAAUGCAAUGCCUCAUCCACUAAGAGGUCUAGCCUGGAUGGUAGGCAUGGGCGUCAUUUUCUCCAUGGCCUUCCGUAUUCUCACAACUUCACUGCUGCUGUAGGGAGAAAACACAAUUUAAACUGGUGCUAUACACUGAUCAGCCAUAACAUUAAAACCACCUCAUUUUUUCUACACUUACUGUCCAUUUUAUCAGCUCCACUGAUCAUAUAGGAGCACUUUGUAGUUCUACAAUUACUGACUGUAAUCUAUCUGUUUCUCUGUAUGCUUUGUUAGCUUCCUUUCACCCUGUUCUUCAAUGAUCAGGACUGUCCCAGGACCACUACAGAGCAGGUAUUAUUUGGGUGGUGGAUCAUUCUCAGCACUUCAGUGACACUGACAUGGUGGUGGUGUGUUAGUGUGUGUUGUGCUGGUAUGAGUGGAUCAGACAGCAAUGCUGCUGGAGUUUUUAAACACCUCACUGUCACUGCUGGACUGAGAAUAGUCCACCAACCAAAAAUAUAUAGCCAACAGCGCCCCGUGGGGUGGUCCAGAAGAUGACCAACUCAAACAGCAGCAGUAGAUGAGCGAACAGCUCUGACCUUAUAUCUACAAGGUGGACCAACUAGGUAGGAGUGUCUAAUAGAGUGGACAGUGAGUGGACGUGGUAUUUAAAAACUCCAGCAGCGCUGCUGUGUCUGAUCCACUCACACCAGCACAACACACACUAACACACCACCACCAUGUCAGUGUCACUGCAGUGCUGAGAAUGAUCCACCACUUAAAUAAUACCUGCUCUGUGAGGGUCCUGACCAUUGAAUAACAUGGUGAAAGCAGGUUCAAAAAGUAUGUAGAGAAAAAGAUGGACUACAGUCAGUAAUUGUAGAGCUACAAA